GAGUAAUUUAGCUGAAGAUCUCAGAUUUCUUUGAAUUUGUCCUGAAAUGUUAUUUUUGUAAUAUUCCGAGAGCGUUAAAACAUAAAAAUAAUUAAUUUUAUCGCACAGCGGCCAAGUGCGUUCCAGUUGAAUUGUAGUAUUACUCAGGAUGCAUUACGAGGAGAUAAAAUAAUUACACCUCCAAAAUGUAUAUAAUUUCAAAAUGUUUCCCUUGAUAUACUAUAACAGCGUAAUAAAAAGUGCAACAUAUUAUUCAAUUUACUAUCGAUAUCAGUAUUGAGAUUUCCCAAGUCCGUUCUAUGAGUGAAAUACCUCUAAGUACUAGGUAGUGAUCUGUAUAAGUAAUGUACAAUAAUUUAUUAUAAACACUGUAGGACUUUGAAAAAUGUAUCAGCAAAAGUGCAAGACUACUGCUAAAUCUCUUGGGUAAUUCGAAUUUUAUCCAAGAACUAAUGAAUGGCCUAUGGUCCAAGGAAUCACAACACCAUUAGCAUGUGCAUUGGUGUAUUUAUACCUUGUGUUAUACUUAGGGCCAAAAUUUAUGGAAAAUAGAAAACCUUUUCACUUAUUACCAAUAAUUAAAGUUUAUAACUUAGUUCAGUUGGCAGCAUGUAUCUUAAUUUUUUAUCUUAUUUUGAUUUCUGGAUGGACAACUAAAUAUACUCUUGGAUGUGAGCCUGUUGACUCCAAUGCACCACACUCAAAUAGAUUAACUAAACUGUUUUGGUGGACAUACAUGUUGAAAUUGGUUGAAUUUGCCGAAACUGCAUUUUUCAUACUACGUAAAAAGACAAAACAAGUUUCUGGACUUCAUGUUUAUCAUCAUGCGUCUACAUUUAUUUUAGCGUGGGCAGCUGUUAAAUUCUUCCCAGGUGGUAUGGCUUCGUUUCCAAUUUUAGUGAAUUCAGUAGUACAUAUUAUUAUGUAUGCUUACUAUCAACUUUCAUCUAUGGGACCACAAUAUCAUAAAUUUACGUUUAAGUAUAAAAAAUAUGUGACCAUUAUUCAACUGAUUCAGUUUGGAAUACUUGUAGUACAUACACUACAAGUUUUGUCAUCAAGUUGUUCCAUGCCUAAUGCAUACCUAUAUGGAAUGCUACCAGACAUCAUGGUAUUGUUUUAUUUAUUUUACAAAUUUUACAGAAAAACAUACGCGGCAAAAAUAAAAAAUGUAGAGCUGAAUUCGGUAGAAAAAAUUAAAUAAAUAUUUAAUCAUUUGUAUUAUUCCUAUAAAAGUAUAGAAAAAUUACAUCCAACAAAAAUGAGUAGGCAUAUAAAAAUUGUUUAACAUUAAAUUUUAAAUUGUAAUAUUAUUUAUUUUUCUUAAAUAUUUUAUAUUAUAAUUAAAAAGAAAACCUAACAUUUGUAUUAUUUUUCUGUUUAUACAAUACAUCAUUGAACUGCUUUAUAUGAUAAAUUGUUGGGCUUAAUCUACAUUUUAAAUUUAAAUCACCUAUUUAUUUUAUGUUACAAUCUUAAGUGUAAACAAUUAUAAAAUUAUUUUUACAACUGAAAUGAAAAGUAAUUUUAUUUCUUAUUCGUCAUAUCCAAUUAUAUAGGUGAGUAUUAAUUCCUUUUUUUAUGCUUACUAGACUAAUAUAUUCUCAUAGUACAUGUUACAUGCACAAGUUUUGUCAUCAAAUUAUUUCAUUUCUAAUGCUUUAAAGAAAUUUGAUUUAAAAAAAAAUAAAGACUUCAGUUAGAAAAUUAAAAUUAUAUGGGUUAUUACUUAAUUUAGAAAAAGACCUACAUUUUAACCACUGUUUCACAAGUUUAUUUGUGACUUUUAUAAUAAAAGUGUACACAAAAUAAUUUAUCAAUUCUAUAUGUCAUGUUUAAAUAAUAAUUAGG